AUGGAUAACGAUUUCUGCAAGUUUAUCCCUGACUUUAAUGAGUUAUCAGUCCCUUUACAAGAGCUGACAUGCAAAAUUGUUGCCUGGUCAUGGUUUGAACAACACCAGACAGAAUUUGAUAACCCCAAACAGCAAAUCGCUAACCCGUCUAGAUUAAGGUACUAUGGUGUUCACAAACCAGUAGUACUUUCUUGUAAUACUUUAAAGUUUGGUCUUGGUGAAGUUAUUCUUCAAGAGGACAGACUUGCUGCUUGUGUAUCUAGAACUCUUAGCCAAAAUGAAACACAGUAUACUCAAAUUGAGAAGGAAAUUUUGCUGUUGCAUUAUGUGAAAAAUGUACAUUUUCAGGACAGUUCAGGUGAAACAGUGUUCUUUGAUGAAAAUGGAGACACUCCCGCAAAGUAUGACUUAUUAAACUGGCAGGUUCCACACUCUGUUUGCAGUGAAUCCUGCCCUCCUGGAACACGAAAAGUCACUCGUAGAGGACAGCCGAUCUGCUGCUUUGACUGUAUUACAUGUGCUGCAGGUGAAAUUGCUAAUCAAAGUGAUUUAAGUAACUGCUUCAGAUGUCCAAAAGAUCAGUGGCCAAAUUACAGAAAGGAUGCCUGCAUUCAGAAAGAUGUGGAUUUUCUUUCCUAUGAAGACACUCUUGGUUCAGCUUUGAGUGCAUCUACAACAUUCUGUUCUCUAAUGACUGCAUCAGUUUUGUGCAUUUUUAUUAAAUAUAGAGGCACUCCAAUUGUGAAAGCUAACAACAGCAAACUCAGUUAUAUUAUACUUAUUUCCUUGUUCCUUUGCUUCCUAUGUCCCUUGAUAUUCAUCGGUCGACCCAAAACAAUUACCUGUCAGCUUCGUCAGAUUGGAUUUGGAAUAAUAUUUUCUUUCUGCAUUUCUGGAAUCCUUGCCAAAACUAUUACUGUGGUUAUUGCUUUUAAAGCCACAGAUCCUGACAGUAACCUAAGGAAAUAUCUUGGACAAAGUACUCCGUACUACAUAGUUUUAGUUGGUACCAUGCUGCAAGCUCUCAUAUGCAUGAUAUGGUGGAUAACAUCACCUCCAUUUUCAUAUAUGAACAUGAAACUAGAAGAAAAAAGUAUAGUGGAGUGUCAGGAAGGUUCUGUGGUUAUGUUCUACUGUAUGCUUGGAUACAUGGGUCUUCUAGCAAGUGUUAGCUUUAUUGUAGCCUUUCUAGCAAGGGUUUUACCUGACAGGUUUAAUGAAGCUAAAUUCAUCAGUUUCAGCAUGAUUGUAUUUGUUAAUGUUUGGCUGUCUUUCAUCCCAGCGUACCUUAGCACAAUGGGGAAAUAUAUGGUAGCUGUGGAGAUAUUUGCCAUCAUAGCAUCUGGUGCUGGAAUUAUCAUCUGCAUGUUUUUCCCAAAGUGUUGCAUUAUUCUGCUGAGACCCACAUCAAACACAAAAGUACACCUAACUGGGGUUAUAAAUUCUUCAAAAAUAUAUAGAGACUCUCAUAACAACAUACAGUUAUACCAACAAGAUUAA